AUGGUCUAUAUAACAUAUAUUUCUUAUAUAUUGUUACAGCGAUCAAGAUUACAAAUUGAGAUUUAUUCAUUUACAAAGGUAUCGGAUCCGCACUGUUGCAGCAAUGGCGUCUCGUUUGAUGAGGAAUUAAAAUUGAAGUGUGAGUGUUACAAGUUGAUCAGCGGUAACUUACAGUUGGUUUAUUUCGAGAAGUUCCUCUUAAAAUCGACGAUGAUUUCUAGUGCUUCAAUCAAUGCAACGAUAAACAGUAGGACUCCGCCAGUUAAACAACCUUAUACAUGGGAUGAAGAACAAUAUAUUCUUUUAGUUGUUGCCAUAUUAACAAUUGUUAAUAAUGCAAUUUUGUUAUGCGUUAUUUUGUUUCAUCGAAAUCUAUGGAAAGCUACUAACGUCAUAAUUAUAAGCAUGUCCACUGCAGCAAUACUUUGGGCGUCAUUAUAUCUUAUUCCACGAUUUGUUCGAAAAGAUGUUCGCUUUAAUAAUUCAAUUUUUUGUACAUUGUUGCCGCAAUUUUACGUAUUGUUCGAUGUAGCAGUAUGUCUUCAUUUGUGUUUAAUAAGCUAUGAAAAAUAUUAUGCUAUCCUUUUCCCAUUUCGUUAUAUUGAAGAUAUAACUAUUAGAUCAUCAGUAAUUGCUAUCUCAAUAUCAUGGUUAAUCGCUUUAAUUGCAGCUGCAGCUCCAUUUUGGUCACAUCGUUAUUUUCUAAAAGGUUUAUGUGUUGUACGUAAUAUAUUUAAAGAGGAGUCAGAGCUAGCUUACUAUUUAGUCAUUUAUUGUGUAGUAUUCUUUUUACCUUUAGUAUCAAUGCUGAUUGUCUAUGGUCAUAUCUUCAUUAUUGCUAACAGGCAUAUUAGAAAAUUUAAUAUUGGCCGUCAAAAUGUGUCUAAGCGUACGCUAGUAAGAAAUGUUCGAGCUGCUCGUUAUAUGGCUGUAGUUGUAUGUGCUUUUACUGUUAUGUGUUUACCCUAUCAUAUCUUCUUUUUUGUCCAUUUCUUUCGAAUACCAUUAGACUUAACUGAUCACAUGAAAGGGCUACGUUAUCUUUCUUUUUCGUAUAUGUUUAUCAAUCCAGUCAUGUAUGGCUACUUAAACCCGGAAAUUAGAAAAACCUUUGUUAAACAUGUUUGUAAGGAGAGUUUUCAGUUUCAAAGAUCGGUUAGAAGUAAGAAGCAAGUAUCUCCCACAAGCCGUUCUCCUCCUAUAAGCUCAUUUACUACUGUACGGAAUGGUACAAGUUUAAAUUAA